ACCAGUCAGUGGUAAGGCUGCACAUUAAAAGGCAGACCGCCAGCGCGUCAACGCGGGCCUCAGGGUGAAACUUUUCCACGGGCGUCCUCCGGUUUGCUUGUUGUCCAGAAAAGCUGAAAAGACUCGCGCAGCCCAGACAGGAGAUGGCAAAUUGUCAUGGAAAUUAGACAACAUUCGCAGACUCGUCCUCUGAAGAUGCAGCUUUUUGGUGCUCGUCGUUGUCCAGGUUUGGGUCUGUGGAUUUAAAACAAACUAAAAAAAUGGAUUCAUUCAACAUUAAAGGAGCGCAGGGAGCAGGUCUAACGGGAAACCGUCUAAACACAUGGCUGUUUGAGAUGACUUCUCAGAGUUUUCAAACCAACAUGGAUAGUAUAACACCAGUUCAGCAGAUGGUGUCUUCUUGUUCUGGGGCUUUGCUCACAUCAUUGUUUGUAACGCCUUUGGAUGUCAUCAAGAUCAGACUCCAAGCACAGAGCACUCCUUUAUCUAAAGGGAAAUGCUUUGUGUAUUGCAAUGGCCUGAUGGAUCAUAUAUGCGUGUGUGAAAACGGGAAUGGGAAAGCAUGGUACAAACCUCGGGUUCAUUUCAGUGGCACACUGGAUGCCUUUAUCAGGAUUGUACGCAUGGAAGGGAUCAAGUCGCUGUGGAGUGGCCUCCCUCCAACACUAGUUAUGGCCGUUCCAGCUACAGUGAUGUACUUCACCUCUUAUGACCAGCUCUGUGCUUCUCUCAGGCUCCGGAUGGGGGAAAAGGCAGACCUGGCACCGCUAUUAGCUGGAUCAAUAGCUCGAGUGGGCUCCGCUACUCUGAUCAGUCCGUUAGAGCUGAUCCGCACUAAGCUGCAGUCAGAGAGGCAGUCGUACAGAGAGCUGAGUGCCGUGAUUCGCUCGGCAGUACACAAUGAAGGCUGGCUCGCUCUCUGGAGGGGUCUCGGGCCCACGCUGCUCAGGGACGUACCAUUUUCAGCCUUGUACUGGUACAACUAUGAGAAAGGUAAAGCCUGGCUGUGUCGCUACAACAAGACGACUGAGCCGACCGUCAGCAUCGCCUUUACCUCAGGAGCGGUGUCCGGCUCUAUCGCAUCAAUUGUAACACUGCCGUUUGAUGUGGUGAAGACCAGGAGGCAGGUGGAACUGGGUGAACUGCAGGCUAGGAAAUUGUUGCCUCAAGCCUCGUCUUCAACCUAUAAGGUGAUGAAAAGAAUAGUCACGGAGAGCGGCAUCCAAGGACUCUUUGCAGGUUUUAUGCCUAGGCUGAUAAAAGUGGCUCCAGCCUGCGCUAUAAUGAUAAGCACAUAUGAGUUUGGCAAGGCCUUCUUCCGCAAACAGAACCAGGCGAACAGACAAGGUCUCACGCUGCAUACCACCAACACCUAAUCGCUCCAUCUGUUACACACACUCUAUAACUUUAAGCACACACACGUUUGCUUCAGCUGGGAUCUAAAACCAUCCUGCAAACACUCAUCUAGUUAUAAUGAAUCAUGAAUAAGCUGAAUAAUUUUGGCCUUUUGAUAUGGCUUUGAACAGACACAGUCCAUAUGUGAGGACAUUUUAAACACCCUGAAGUUAAGCUUUAUGGUUUUUAAAAAAAAUCACUGAAAAUUUCACUCUGAUAAACCUGCAUGGUGUGUGUUUGAGAAUUACACAGCAAUAGAAGACUACACUCUGAAGGUUAUUAUUUUAUGUCGUUAUAUUGUAUUAGCUGUAUUGCUAAUCUCUGUUGUUGAAAUGAUUUUAUAAUAUUCUUAUUGCGUAAAUAGUUUUUUUUUUUUUUUUUUUUUUUUUUUUUUUUUUUUAAGUCUUUCAAGUUGUCUGAGAUGAUAUAUAUCUUAAGCUCAUUUUCGUGACGUUGUGAAAACAUGAUGUGAAUGCAUUUCAUUUGAUCAGUUAAAUCAAAAGAAACGUUACUAUGACUGAUACUAGGCCGACUUGUCUCCGUUGUUUUUACCAUAAUGUUUUCUUCCAGAUUCACAUUACAUAUUUGUGGUUUAGCCUGGAAUGUAAUAAAAUGAUUAAUGUGGGGAAAAAACAAAACAAUCACCAAAUCUCACACCCUCACUUUGUCAUAAACAUAUUCCACAAAGAACAUUUUUUUUUUUCCACAAAGAGUAUUUUUGUGAAUUUUUUAAAACAAACCGAUCAAAAGGUUAACAAAACAGACACGUUCACAGCCUUCUGUGCUGGUAUUUACCAAGGGUGCCAAUAUUAGUGGCCUCAAAAUGUAGAAUAUCAUGGAAAACUUCACCCCCCCCCCCUAAUUUAAUUCAAAAGUGGAACUUUCAUAUAUUCUAGAUUCAUUACACAAAGUGAAACUUUUCAUAUUUUGAGCUUCUGGAUUUUUGAUCUCCAUGAGCUGCAAGUCAUAAUCAAAGCUUAAAAUAUUUCACUUUGUGUAAUGAAUCUAGAAUGUGUGUGAAUGUGUGUGAAUGUGUAUGUAUGUAUGUAUGUAUGUAUGUAUGUAUGUAUGUAUGUAUGUAUGUAUGUAUGUAUAUAUAUAAUAUAUAUCCCUUGAUGAUAUACUCUGCCAAUACUGAAAUAUUUUCCCAGAACACCAAGUGUGCUACAGUAUCAAAGUGUCAUAUUUUAACUAUUAUACUCGUUUGAACACA